UUAGAUAACGCACCAUACCUCCCCCAUUUGUGAUAAUCCUUAACACAGAGAGAUGACGUCCUAACAGCGUUUGUGUUUAAUCUUCUAGGGAGUUGUGGCAGAUUCAUCUGGUUGGAAAGUAGGAAACAUAGGCCAUUCAGCUCUGUGCAUUUGUAAUCGCCUAAAAGCGUUGCCUUGGUACCUUGGCCUUGGUGUGGAAUUGCGAGUGCAUGUCUUGUCGUCUGCUCACUGGGCUUUAGAAUUCAAUUUAUUUGUUAUUUUCAUUGCCUCCCGGUCAAAUAUUAGAAUAACACUCAGGCACUUUAUUAUGAUGCUCUGCUCAUUCCCAGCAAUUCCCAGAUGAUUACCAAAAGAAAUACCAAGGUUCUGCAACAACUUAUUUGAAGAUGGCCUGAUAGGAAGUGAAGCUUGUCAGAGACCAAAUCUUGAGAUUGACACUGCAUUGGCGACAGAACGCCUGGCAAUUACUUUUAUGUUUUCUGUAGUGACCCACAUUUACCAUUGUAACACUACUUUUGAAUGUUAUUCCAGCUGCAAUAUGGUUUUUAUUCAUCUAGCAAACAUAUUUCUGUUAUUUGGUAUUAUUUCCACCUUCGUUUAUUAUGGAUCAAAUCUUGGAUCCCAUUUGGAUAAUAUCUCUCCACAAACAUUUUCGAGCUCUUGGGAAAAAUAUGGCUGGUUCACCCUCGUUCUAUAUUUAUGCCAAUACCUAGCACUUCUGGCCUUACCACAAGCAGUUUUCAAUUUCUUGGGUUUUCUUUUAUUCAAUCCAUUCCCAGGAGAUCCCCAAAUAGAGAAACCAAUUUCUUUAGUCCCCUUUAUAUGUUUUCGUGUGGUUACCAAAGGAGACUAUCCCGAACUGGUACAAAAUAAUGUGCAGAGGAAUAUUAACACCUGCUUGGAUGCAGGGCUCAAGAAUUUUAUUAUUGAAGUUGUAGCAGACAAAUCAACGUCGCUAGUCUCUUCGCUACAUGUACGGGAAGUGAUUGUGCCUGCAGAUUAUCAGACUAGUUCUGGAGCUAUGUUUAAAGCCAGAGCACUGCAAUACUGCUUAGAGGAUAGGGUAAAUCAACUUGAUGAUGAAGAUUGGGUUGUACAUUUGGAUGAGGAAACUUUACUGACAGUUAACAGUGUUCGGGGUAUAAUCAAUUUUGUUUGCAAGGGUAAACAUCAGUUUGGCCAAGGAAUGAUAACAUAUGCCAAUGAACAGAUAAUUAAUUAUUUCCUUACGCUGUGCGAUACGUUCCGGGUAGCUGAGGAUAUGGGCAAGAUCCAAUUCCAGCUCCGUGUUUUACGAAUGCCGAUUUUGGGAUGGAAAGGAUCUUAUAUCGUUUCUCAACUGGGGGCGGAACGUAAGGUGUCCUACGACAACGGCCCUGACAGCUCAGUUGCUGAGGACACAUAUUUCGGAAUCCUUGCCGCUAGCCAGGGCUAUUCAUUUGAUUUCAUUCACGGUAAUAUGUGCGAAAAAUCUCCUUUCAGCUUGAUGGAUUUCCUCCAGCAAAGGAAACGCUGGCUUCAGGGCCUUUUACUAGUCGCUCACUCAUCUAGACUUCCCUUCAGAUAUCGAUUUCUAUUAGGCACAAGUGUUUAUGCCUGGAUUACCAUGCCUUUAACAACCGCCAAUCUUUUUUUAAAACCGAUAUUCCCCAUCCCUGUUCCUCAGGUUGUAGAUAUUAGCGUAUCUUUCAUCGGCGGCAUUUGGAUGUUCCUUUAUAUCUAUGGUACCUGCCGAUCGUUCAGCAUUGCUCGCGUCGGGGUCUUCAAAUUCCUUCUGCUCUUGAUGACCGGUGUGAUCGUCACGCCGUUUAAAGUUGUAGUCGAAAAUAUAGCUGUUGUAUGGGGCCUUUUUACGCCAAAGCACAAAUUUUUCGUAGUGAAGAAAGAUAUUGCUGUUGUUUCUACAUUUCAUGUAUGAAUCGAUCUGCGACGUGACAACAGCCAACGAGGGACUACGACAAAAGUGAAAAAAGACCUUAUGCAACUCGUGUGAUAGUGCGUUUGUGCUUCCAUUUGCAUAGGACUGUGAGUCUCCGAGCCUGAUCUCCAUAGCAAAUCAUGGAGGUAUUCUCUCCUUUCCCAAACAUUGCUUAAGAUAAAUUUCCUGUCUUGCAUUCCUAUGAGCGAAGAUUUCUAAGUAACCGUUUUUUCAUGACAAAAUUUCCCGUAUAAGGAACUGGUACUUUAUAAAUCGUUUUACUAUCCUCUACAAAACUUUGACGCACUAGAUCAAAGUUUCGAUAUUUUCUAAGAACGAACUGUUUUUUAAUGAAUUUCGUUAACAUUCCUAGUUUUGUUAAUUGCUAUAGUGUACCAUGUAUGAAACGAUUGUUUUUAUUUUUGUUCUUUUAAUCAAGAUUUUUUGGAGUAUUAAUACAUCCCUAUAUUUUCUUUUAGUAAA